AAAUAGCAAAGUGAAUCGUUCCGUGUCAGUUGCAUUCCUAUUGGCUGGAAAUCGAAAUUGUUUCUUUGGUCAUCAAAACUCUCUGGAGGUUAUCUCUAAAGCUUUUCAUUCGCUAAAAUGGCCAGCUCAUAAAACUUUUUUCUUACUACGGUUGUUUUGACCUAUCCUGUUAUCUAUGGGGAGCAGUUGGUAGGUCUACCGUGUAGCGCUAAUGGUAUUACAUGACAUUUUUCUUUACCUAGUCUCCUCUAGUGGAAGUGUGUAGCCCGAUCUCCCGAUUUUGGGGAAAAUUCUGCCUGUUUUGGGAAAGCCAUAAUAUAAAAUUUCGAGGAAAUGCAAUAAGAACUCCAAAGUUUCCCCCAGACCAGCUGGUUUGGAGUUUUUCCUCAAAAUCUCAAGUUGUUUUGGAGAAGUACCCAAAACGUGGCAGAGUACGAAUUUUCAUAUGACUUUGGGGAGAACCUCAAAACCUGGAGAUUGGGCUUUUUCUCUCUUGUCACUUUGUAGAUUCGGUAAAGAUACAACUUUGGAAUAAGAGUUAGCUUGCGAUUCCCAUCCAAGAAAGUUUGAAUACACAUACAGUAUUAUUGUCACCUAAAUCUUUUACCUCGUGGUCCAUUAUUUUGAUAGUAUAUAGAGAUGUAUUUAUAGUUAGGAUUGGUUUUAAUGUUUAAAACUUUCAUACGAAAGCGGCACCUCAGGCGAAAUAUUAUUACUGUUCUGUUGACGUACCAGAUUAAUUUUCCAUUAUGGUGCUAGUUACCGUGUCUAUGCUGUUUAUUGACAAUAUACAGCUGAACGUAGCGGAACUCUAUUUUUCCAAAUCGCUUCAUGUAUGUUAGGUAGCUAAACAGCAUUCAACAAUUACGUAAAACCAACACUUCCUCCACCCCUCUUUCUUUCGAUACCUAACACUACUCGCGACCAACAAGAAAUGUUUAUCUAAUUGCUUAAACCCAAUUGUAAUGAGUAUUCAUACAGCUAUUAAAUUAGACUGGGAUGCAUGUGUGUUGAGUUUUAUUAACAUUUAAUUGUUGAUAACCAAUUGCUUUUAAAAUUUCAAACCAUGAGCUAAACACCACCUUGUUAAACUAUAAUGAGAUCACUUCUUAUAUUCCACCAGAUAUUUAGCUAACUUCGCCUGAAAUACAUACUUGAUAGUCACUUUCAAAUCAACUCUAGAGAUAUUCAAGCUCCUCAAAUUUCCUUUAUUUAAAGUGGUUGGAAUGCAAACGGCUACUGCAGGAAGAGUAGAAAUCUUCAUCUGUUUAUCUCUAACGACUGUUAACAAUAUAAUUUAUCAGGGUAUACCGUCGAGUUAAUGUUUACGACCGUCAAAGUAGGGAGUAUUUACCUUAACAUUUGAGCUUGUAUUGGCUAACAACAAGUUGUUGUGACUGAAUCUUAGAGAAGUCACUAUUACUGCUUCAUUGACACGAAAUUCUUGGAAAAGCACUAAGAUAGUACUCUGCCUAUCUCAGCCCGUACUUAGAUUUUGAAGUCCAGGAUAAACAUUCAUACUCUUAGUCGUUUGGAGUAAAACCGACAGACUUUAAUGGAAUUGUUAGCGAGAUGUAGACUGGAUUAAAGCAUGCUCAAUGCACGACUGCUGUGCUGCACGUUGAUUGGCUAAUUCUUAUCCAAUCAGCGUUAGCCAAUACUUAGUGAACACUAGAAAUCUCAUGUGAAAAGCUAUAAAUAUACUAGCGUUUUCCCUAUUGCACUUCUUACUUGCUUCUUGCUUCCAUCUAACCUUGUUAUUUGGAAUAUAAUCUCUUUCCUGUUCAACCGUGUUCUGAUUUGGGGACUUGUCGAGUUAAUCGGUGUCCGAGAAUACUAAGCAAUAGGAAUAGCUUGGUUACAACCGUAAGAGAGAAUUAUAGCAGGAAUGUAUCUUACAUUUAGUAGCACUGGUCAAAGAAGUCAGUUUAUGAAUGAAUUCCACACAUUAGUUUAUAACCAACUCAAUGUUCUGUUGACUUCAUAUAGAAAAGUACUUUUAAUCAAUAUAAAAACAAUCGUUUCUGGAUAAAAACAACUGAAGCAUGUCGAGAUAUAAAUAUGUGGACCUGAAAAGUGCGUCUGGCAGUGUCAAUGUCAUCGCCAUUGUUAAACAUGUUAAGAAACCGAAAAAAACCAAAGGUUCUUCAUACUCACUGUUUUUUUCGAUCACUGAUCCUUCUUUAAACGGUGAUAAAAUGUCAUGCAUCGUUUUCCAUGAUGCGGAAGGAAAUUUACCUCAGAUUCAAAGUCCUGGAGAUAUUAUCAUUAUGCAUAGGCUUGUGAUAAAACAAUAUAAUGGUCGAAACCAAGGCUGCGGUUAUGGUGCAACAGGUUUCAGUGCAGCUGUAUUUUCAGGUGUUCAUUUGGAUCCAUUGACUCCUUUUAAAUCAAACACUCGAUGCACUUUUGGUGAUGAAGAGCUGAGAGUGAUAGAACGCUUAAGAGAGUGGUAUAUCUCUCCUAACUGCCCAGUUGAAAGGGAAAAUAUACAAAUUUCAUCCGAACAAGGUGAUAAUGAAGCAUGCCGAACUAUUACAUCUGGAAUAAAAAGACUUGAUCUUCUGAAUGGAGAAGAAUAUUGCACAAUUGAAGGACAGAUUAUCAGUAUUUAUAAUUCUGUGGAAAUUGAUAAUCGUAUUGUUCUAUAUAUAUGGGAUGGACCACAAUCUAAUGAUAAACAAAAUACUGUUUUUAUUGGUCUUUCUCAAGACCAUUUACUUCAAUUACUUCCUUAUUCUCAGCAUGAUCCUCAUCUUGCUGCCUUAACAGGACACAAUUUACAACAAUGGAAUGAAAAUAUAGUGAAGAAUUAUGAAACAUAUACCGAAGAAGAUUUAGAUAAAGUAUUGAAGUCAAAUUUUUCGUCUAAUUCAAUGGAAACUUUUCGUGAUUGGUCUGUCCCAAUUUCCAUCUAUGAUGAAUACGCUAUUAGUGAACCGAUUGUCAACAUUAAACCUGGUGAUUUGAUACGUAUUCAUAAUGUGCAUGUUAGUUGUAGUCGAAAAAAUGAUCAAUCUUGCGGCUUGCAAUUAAGAUUACAUGGUAACGGUCAUAAAUUUGGACGUGGAAUAAAACAUUUAGGUAAUAAAUGUUUACUAAUGAAUUAUUUGAACGAUACAAUAUUCACUUCGGGAGACGAUGCAAACAUAUUAGACGAAGCAAAUAGAUAUGGCCUCUUAGACAAUUUAAAAAGUGGAAUAAAUUUAAGACCUCCACUACUUAAACCAAAAUGUGAACUUUUGCCGUACGAGCUACAGUAUCCCCUCACUAUCUCACAAAUACGCAAUAUUCCUGUAGUAGUUAACGAAAAGCAAAGACAACUCAGUGAUUGGGAUUUAUUAUAUCCUAUACAAACAGAAUUUAUUCCACCUAUUCCUCCUGACAGUUGGCUAACCUGUACUGAUUUGCUACUCAGCUCAUCAGAUCUCAAUGUUGUUUACACCCGAUUAUGUGCUCGAGUAAUUGAUAUUGCUCCACUGGAUGUUAAAACGUUAAAAGAUUGCUUACUAUUAACAUGUAGUAAUUGUUCCUUUUCAAUCAGGGGUUCCAGUAUCUCUGAUGAUGAUGAAGCACUUUGCGAGUGUGGUUCUUGUUUAUCUAUUCUUCCUUUAUUCUUCCUUCAUUUAGAAGAUCCAUCCGGUAACUUAAUUUUAACUGUCACAGGUCAUAAUGCCAUUGGCUUAAUUAAUAGUUUAGUUGAUGAUGAUCUUAGACCAUGUAUCAAUAAUGAUGCAUGGUGGACGGGACUAAUAUUCGAGAUGAAAGAAUUACAGAAUAUUGGUAUAUCACCAGAUAAAAUAGUUCUUGAACAAUGUCGUCGAUUAUUGGGUCAGUGGAUUGAUGUUGCAGUUAAAAUAAGUUGGUCAAGGAAAUCCAUUCCAGGUAAUACAAACACCGAAAAUGACAAUGAUCUCCAGUUUCAUAUUAAUGAUUGGAAUUUUGUGUAGGAACGUAUGUUGAAAUUACUUUACAUAAAAUCGGAUUUAAACCACACAUUUCUCUUAUAUUCCAUGCUCACCUUGUGCAUAGUUUUGACAUUUUUUUAUCAAUCCAGUUUCUACCAUAAAACUUUUUAAGUUG